CAACGAACACCAAGGUCGCUCUUAUCAAUCUAACGCCAGAUCAUUUCUCGGCGUUGAACCGGGCGAUGUGCACUAUCCUCUCCAGCACUCUUGCCUCCGAGACAUACGCCCAGAUAGUGGAUGGUCUUCCAACUUGUGACGUAUACAAAGACUAUUACGGCUGGUAUCGAGUCGAUUACGAGACGAACCUUGCGCCAAGUAAAGAGGCUGUUGAGAUUGUUGCUGCCUACCGCCAAGAUUUUCAAUCUUGGCGCUAUCCACGUCGAUGGAAAGAUUGCACAGUUAUACCAGAAUGCAUCGACAGACUCGAGGGAAUUCCUCUUACGAUUACUGCAAAUGGCCGCAAUUGUAUGCCACGAUAUUGCGGGUUAUCUGUACACCGAAUACGAUGGGGGUAUUCGCAAAUCACCUCCUGAUUUCGAUCCGCAGGUUCCAGUUCCCAAACCUCCUCCGGGGAUCACCUUACCCCCGUUGCCCAAAAUGCCACGGCGGCCAGCCGAGUUUUUCCAUAUGUUCUACAUGGACUGGGAGCACUACCCCUGCGGUGCCGCUGACGUUGUAGGGUACUGGGCUGAGUACCGAUUGUUUGGGGGUGUCGUCCUGUUUGAUCGAGGCAUGUCCAAGACUGAGUUCAAGGAUGUCUACAUUCAACCCAUUGGCAGGCACCACAUCUUCAAAUUGUCAGAGACGCAGAUCCAGAACUGCGUCUCAAUCCUUUUGUCAGAGUCGACCCUAGACCAGGACACUUCAAAGGCCUUUCGAUUUCGGGCGGAGAAAUACACGGUUCGCAUCGAUCCGUACGAGCCCAGCAUGUCACACGUCUCGCGGGACCAAGAUUUCCCAAGAGAGGUUCCCGUGUUGGAUCGACCGUCAUGCGUGCGUCGUGCAGAGAAUGAUCCUUAUUUGAUGGACGCUAUGAAAGCUUGGGCAGAGGGGAGUGGAUCUGAGCAUGGCAGGUAGUGAACAAUUAAUACAGAUUUUACAGUGUCUUAGGCAUACGUUG